AUGAGGUAUCUGAGCGGCUCGAGUGUCGACGCUAAGAGAGCAAUUGUACGAGGAAGUAAAAAAGACCUGACCGAGCGCGAAAGGGGCUCUACUUUAAAGAUAAUAAUUCCCUGCUUAAUGGCAGUGACAAAAUGUCAAGUGGUAGAUUCGCAGAACGCCGCAAUUCUGCGAGACAUGCGCUAUCUGCAAGGUGACGGGACCUUCGGGGCAGCGUACUCUCAGGAGGACGGAGUCGAAUUUAAAGAGGAAAGUGACGAGUAUGGCAAUCGCCGUGGCUCCUACUCCUACGUCGAUCCCACGGGACAAAGGCGCACCGUCCAUUACACUGCAGGCGUUAAUGGCUUUCGGGCAAGCGGUGACCAUAUACCAGCACAACCUCCGCCCACGCCACCGAAACCGGAGUACGUGCCGCUGCCACAAUACAAUCCACCUGACUACAAGCUGCCUCUGACUCCUUCAAAACCGCCGCGAUACCAGUUAAUUCACCAGCCUUACAAAUAUCAAUACGAGACGCAAGAACCUUCGUACGAGCCUCAACCUCAACCCACUACACCACCGAGUUUUCAUGCUGUACCAAUUCACGUAACCGCUAGGGUACCACCCGCACCACGACCUCGUAAACCAUCACCACCACCUCCUCGAUCUGAAAUCAAGCGAAAUGGCCAGAAGAUGCCAACGCUUAAAAUAAAGUUACAGUACCAGGCAACGUAUCCAGAAUACCCGGUACGCUACGAGCCGGGAUAUGAGCAACCAGCACCAUUAGGGCCUGUGGUACCACAGUACCAUCGUGAAAUUUUGCCAGCUCAGCCACGCCCCACUUCACCGUCUUACUACUACAACGAACUCACGACCCCGCCAUCCCGAAGAUUUUACCCGCCAGGUAAACUCGAUUUCAACAGAACACCCGAUGGUUUCUCCUACACCUUCAGCAAGAGUUGA